AUGUCGGUCGCCUCUGAUAUUCAAGUAAUUCGCCAUGGGGGCCGUGAUGGCUUCGAAUCUGAUUCAGCCUCCUCCGUCUCCUCUGUCUCCCGGCGCCGCUCUUACCGCCGCCGAAAGAGCUUCAGGGCGGCCAAAGAACCAUUCAAGAUCGAUGGCAAGGUCCCCGACGUAGUUCACACUCUUGAAUAUAUCAACCAGUGGGACAACUCCAUCCUUGGCAGUCGAUACAGCGCCACUGCUUUCAAGAAGAUUCCCGAGAAUCACUAUGAUGAUGCCGAUACCGACUUGGAUGCUGACUCUGGGCCUAUUGAGCGUCCAGUCCUGGAGAUCGUGACCAGUGUCUACUCUCGUACGAGCUCUCGCCGAGGCACACGUCCAAUGCCCCCUGGUCGUAGAGCCCCUGCCCCGUAUCGUGCCCGCGCUCAGGGCGGUGGCCGCCCAGUCACUGCGGCAUUCGACGCGGCGGAGUAUGGAGUCGAUGAGUACAACUCUGAGUUCGAUGAGGUUGAACCUAGGAACUCUCGGGGGCCUGAGACAACAGAGCCUCUCAUGAAGAUCUACUCGGAGCCUCUGAGAAACGCCCUCAGGGCUGUUGUCGCAUACUAUCCCUACGCAAGGCUAACCGACAAGGAACUCAAUAUUCCUGCUCCUUAUCGCGCAUUGUACCAUCAUCGUGACCAGUUGGCUCACUACCGUAAUAACCAGCCAGCCUCUCACACACCCGAGUACGCUGCCACCACCGCAAAGCAUAUCGACAUCCUUUUAUCAUUCCUAGACGAAGCCAACGGUAAGGAGAUCAGCCGUGAGGAGGACCGUCAUAAGAGACAGGUCCCCGUCGCUACAUUCGAGUACUUCUGGCUCCUUUUGAAGCCGGGAGAGGUCGUUUAUGCAAAGCGUUUCGAUAUCUGGACACCCUACGUUAUCAGCAACAUCCAAGGAAAUGAUGACAUCUAUCCCUCUUACAAUUACUACAGGGUGCAUGCUUGGCAUCUGGAGUCUAAUGGCUCCAAGGUUGAGCGUUUCAUGGAUACCUUCUCUGUGCCCCCCUGGCACGGGGAGCAGGCAAUCAGCAGUCUGCCUGUUGUCCCAGCCCGGUUCUGGAAAGAAGACCUGAAGGCACAGGGCGGCCGCUCUAUGAGAGAGAAGUGCAUCUCUGAAGGAAAACUCUACUGGGACCUCCUCAAGGGGCCAGCCUACAUGGAGUAUGAUGGUUUCCUUGUCACUUCAGGCUCAGGCAGUAGAUUGGCCAGCGGGCCGACUGGCUUCAUGUGUGGCCGUGUCAUCUGUGAUGCUGAGGGCUUCAGCAAGUACUCCAACUACAACAACGAUAUGGUUGCGGCACCUCCUCCGCCUCAUCGAACUUUCCCAGGCGCACGCCGCCCAGCACCACCACCAAGCAAGGACCAUCUCCCCAAGUCACUGCCUCGAUGCCCAUGUGAGAUCUGCAUCGAGAAUGCCCCUAAGGAUACACCCCAUGACAGCCCCUACACCAGCUUCGAGGACCUCGACCCGGUGACUGAUACUCCCCCGGACAGUGAGCUGUUCUAUCUCGUACUUAGCAAUACCAUCCCAGCCUUCAUCUUGGGCCAGCGUCGCUGGGGCCACCUGAACCUUGAGUACAUCAAGCCUGUCAAGACUGACAAGGAGGCUUUCAAGUACCUGGUUCUCGACGACGAAAUCAAGCUCACUGUCAAGGCCCUUAUUGGGAAAUUCGCAGCUGGCAUCGAUGCCCCCAUCACUCCCUGGGGUAACGACUUUGUGAAGAACAAGGGCGAAGGCCGCAUCUUCCUCCUCCACGGAGACCCCGGUGUAGGAAAGACCUGCACGGCCGAGUGCAUCGCCGAGCUGACCAACCGGCCGUUGAUCUCCUUGACCAGCGGUGACCUCAGCGUCAAUUCAUACCACGUCGAGCACAAACUGAGCUACUUCCUCGAACUCGGCCACCGGUACGGUGCUCUCGUCCUUCUCGACGAAGCCGACGUCUAUCUUGAACGCCGCAGGUCCAAGGACAUCUCCCGAAACGGACUUGUCUCCGUAUUCCUCCGGGCUCUCGAGUAUUACCGUGGUGUACUCUUCCUCACAACCAACCGUGUCCAGUCCUUCGACACCGCCUUCCUCAGCCGUAUCCAUGUGGCACUCCACUACAAGAACUUGACCGAUGAUGACAGGGAGCGCAUCUGGACCAACAACUUCGAGCGUCUUGACCGGGACUCAUCCGGAAAGGUCCACGUAUCCGUGCCGGCGCGCGAGUACAUCUGGAACAGCCGCGAUGUCCGCAGCCUGGGCUGGAACGGCCGCGAGAUCCGCAACGCCAUGCAGACGGCCCUCGCCCUCGCCGAGAACGAGGCCAAGGAGGACAGCCUGGAGCUGGUCACCAUCUCCGAGAAGCACAUGCGUGCCGUUGUCAAGAUCAGCUCCGGGUUCAGGGACUUCAUCAAGACCUCGGCCCCGCUCAAUGGAGGGGAGUAUGAGCUCUCCAGCGAGGACGAGGCAGAUUCUGAGAGAGAGUACUCGGAUGCGUGA